UAAGUCCUUUGUUCACAAAAGAUAAAAAGUUCUCUGUACACAAAAGGAAAAUUAAAGUGUUUUAUUCACAAUAAGUCAGUCUUUUGUCCUCAAAAAGUCAAUAAAAAAAACCAAAUCACUCUUUUAUUCACAAAAGAGACAUAAAAAAAAUCCACUCCUGGACGUCAUUUAAUGCAGACAUUAUGAUGUCAUGCGAUGACAUCAUCCAAUCACAGACUGCGAUGUAGUUGCCUGUCAUCUAAUCAUACAGUAAUGAUGCAUCUUUGACUUGUUUUGGAUCUGACAAAACUGGAAGUAGUGUGUUGCUCUACUGAUAAAAAUAACAGCUUGGAAGAGUUUUGAAGAGAUGCAGAGCCAGGAAGGCGCCGCGACCAGGCCAGAGGUCCACGAGGACGCCCAAGCCGUCGUGGCCGAAGAACCCAUGACGGUCCAGCGCGUCAUCCACCUGCACCGCGAGCUGCUCUCCUUCUUCACCGACCUCCAGACAGCGGCUGACGCCAAGCAGUUGCUUCGGCGGACCAAGUUCGAGGAGGCCCUGCGGCUGCGUAUGGAGCGCCUGGAUGACUCCAGAAAGUUCAGCAAGAAGAAGCUAGAGGAGAUCAAGGAGGGCUGGGCUCGGGCUGCCACCAAGGCCACGCUGCCGGACCUCCUGGAUGCCCUGAAGAGUCAACAGGAGCUGUGCUCGGCGAUGAUGGGCCACAAGACGGACCUCAUCGCCGAGCUGCAGAAGAACUGGAUGGACGGCGACGAGCGCCACUCCAUCGACCUCCGCAAGCAGACGGAGGCUCUGGACGUGCUGAUCGAGCGCAUGGACAAGGUGAGGGGCAUGACCAUGGCCAACAAGGACCUGGCCCACAUCCAGAGCCCGCACGACGUCUUCCUGACGCAGAGCCUGCGCGAGUGGGAGGGCUACCAGACGGAGCUCCGGGCCCGCCGCAAGGAGUGGCUGACCCAGAGGAAGCUAGCCAUGGAGGAGUACGAGAAGGCCAUGCCCAAACUGGAGCUGACGCAGGAGGCGUGCAACACGUCCAAGCGCUGCAUCGACAUGAAGUUGAUGGAGCUGGAGCGCGAGCAGGAGGAGAUCAAGGGAAAGCGCAAUGUGCUGGAGGCCCGCAAGCUGAGCUGCGACGAGAAGCCCGAGGUCAUCUACCUGCUGCGCAAGCGCGUCAACACGCUCAAGGUGCAGCUGAGCGACAUCAUGAAGAUGAUCCAGAUGGAGGAGGAGAGCUUCCAGCGGCGUGAACAGUAUCUGCUGGAGGACAUCCGCAACAGCAUGGCGCAGCACAAGCGCAUCCAGAAAAAGAUCAAGCACUUCGCACUGUCUGACGCGCAGACCUUCGUAGAGAUGUCCCGCAUGCUGGUUGCCGAGGUGAAGCUGCUGGCGGAGAGCGCGCUGGCGGCCGACGCGCACCUCUGCACCCACCUGGGCCUGACGUGGGAGCGGCCCGUCGCCGCCAUGGAGCGCUGCUACCCCAUCCAGCCGCAGGACAAGUUCGAGAUGGCGGCGCAGGUGUACGCCGAGAGCGUGACCGAGGUCGACACCAAGACCAUGACGGCGCUGCUGGGGCUGCUGUGCGACGAGCUGGGCUUCUUGAUCGAGAACAGCGAGCACCUCAGCUUCCUGCACAACGAGCGCCGCACGGCCGAGAAGCUCCUAGGCCUCCUCAACGCCUUUGACUUCUACGACGACGACCUCAACAGGCUGGUGGCGUUCCUACUCAAGUACGAGGAGCAGCAUCGAAAGCGGGCGGACCGGGCCGACGAAGACCUGGCCGGCGGGGCUGCGGAACUCAUCCAUCCCAACAACGUUCUACCUGCGUUUUUGAGCUUCGUCAGCUACCGCGUGCACUGCAUGAAGAGUUCGGCGCUGCGCCAUUACCUGGACUGGGAUGCCGAUGCGGACAAAGCCUUUUGGGAGAGUAUGGUCAACGUAAUCUCCGAAGAGAAGCUCCGACUCUGGGAUGCCGCGGAGAUCGCCUUGACGCAGUACCUGGCUGUCCUGGAGGAGAACUCGGAAAUAUUUCAGAAGAAUCUGUCUCUGCAGGAGGAGAACAGGGAGUUGCGCAGGCAGCUGUCAUGUGAGAACGACGGAAGCGCUUUUCUGCUCAAGGACUUCCUGAAAAAAGAUAUUUAGAAUGCAUAAAACCUUGUUCACCAUAUUUAACAAUAAUUUAAAAAAAAUCCAAGUCUGUCGUUUGUCUACAAAAAGUACAUUAAAAAGCCGAAGCUGUGGCCGGUGCCCGUUGUGUUGGCAAGCUCCGUAUAUUCUUUUUGUAUAUUUGUAGUAGAAUGCCAAGUAACAAAGAAA